UGGGAGUCGACCGCAGUCGAGAGCCUUCUCUGCAACUUCGUUAGUUUGUCCCUAAAUUUCUCGUUAGUUACUUUUGCUCCAAGCUUGGUGUUUUCAAAUGCAGUGAAGAAUCUAUGAAAACUGUUUCAACCAUUAGUCAAAACUGCGUUCCUCAUAUUCUUGUUCUCUCCAAUUUCUCCAACCAAAAAAACCAAAAUAAAUAUACGAGAGUUUUGGUGGUGGUUUUUUCUGGGCAUAAAAUUCCGGUAACUGACCAACCUACUAUCUCCGAAGCUUCCCUUAUUUCUUCCCCCUUCACAUUUCCAUUGGCUUUUACAUCUUUAUUGAGUUUGUGAUUGAAAUUUGGAAUCUUUAUUCUGAUUCUGCUAAAUUGUCGGAAAGCUCUUGUCUUUUGCUGUCUUUGGUCGGAAGGGUGGAACCAUUGCGGCUUUGAGCUUGAAAAUCGGGGCAUUGAUAUUAAAGUAUUGAAAUUUGUGCUGGGAAUUUUGGCGUUUUGAGGAGUGAUUGAUACAUUGGUUACUGGGUUUCACUGGGUUUUGGAUUUGGGGUUUUUGGGUCUGGUGAGUUUGGGAACUUGGGAUGGAUGAAGUUCAAGGCAUUUCUGGAUCUUUGCCUCCUUUUCUUUCCAAGACAUACGAAAUGGUGGAUGAUUCUUCGACCGAUUCGAUUGUGUCUUGGAGUGCUGGUAAUAGAAGCUUCAUUGUGUGGAACCCUCCGGAGUUUGCUAGAGAUUUGUUACCGAAGUAUUUUAAGCACAACAACUUCUCUAGCUUCAUUAGGCAGCUCAACACAUAUGGUUUUCGAAAGAGUGAUCCUGAGCAAUGGGAAUUUGCGAAUGAUGAUUUUGUAAGAGGCCAGCCACAGCUUAUGAAGAAUAUCCAUAGACGAAAGCCAGUGCAUAGUCAUUCUUUGCCGAACAUCCAGGUCCAAGGACAUGGGAGUUCAUUGCUAUCUGAGGCUGAGAAAAAGAGUAUGAAGGAUGAGAUUGAGAGGCUCAACCAUGAAAAAGAAUGCCUUGCUGUGGAGCUACAAAGGCAUGAGCAGGAAAGGCAGGGAAUGGAGUUGCAAAUGCAGUUCUUGAAGGACCGCUUGCAACAUAUGCAACAGCAGCAGCAGACCAUGGUGGCUUUUGUGGCUCGAGUUUUGCAAAGACCGGAGCUUGCCUCCAAUCCUUUACCGCAGUUUGAACUCUGUGGCCGAAAGAGGAGGUUUUCAAGUGUCGAUUGGGCCUAUGAUAAUGUCAGCGUGGGAAAUGGUCAGAUGGGGAGUUGGCAAAAUGUAACUAGAGAGAAUAUGGAGACGGGAAAGGUACUGCAGUUGGAGUCAUUCCUUCAUUUUUGGGAAGAUACAAUCGAUGAUGCUGGCCAGACUCAAGUUCAGGCUAGUACAAAUUUGGAGUUGGUUGAAUCUACAAGUUGUGGGGAAAGCCGAGCUGUAUCCUGCAUGCAAAUUGUUGACCAACAAUCCAAAUUUCCAGAAAUUGAUAUGAAUUCGGAGCCUGCUGCAGCUGUUUCUCCUGUGCUUGCUGGAAGUGUUUCUCCCGAGCCUGUCAGAAGUGUUUCUCCCGAGCCUGUCAGAAGUGUUUCUCCCGAACCUGCUAGAAGUGUUUCUCGUGAGCCGGUUAGAAGGGUUUCUUUUGAGCCUGAUGCCUUAAAACAACAAUCAUCAAAAGAACGAACAGCUAAAAUUUCUAGUGCUGGUGUCAAUGACUUAUUUUGGGAACAGUUCUUGACAGAAAAUCCUGGUUCAACUGACUCGCAGGAGUCGGAAAGAAAGGAUUCUGAUCGUAGGGGACACGAGAUUAGUCCUAGUGACAAUAGCAAGUUGUGGUGGAAUAUGAGGAAUGUAAAUAACCUUACAGAACAAAUGGGGCAACUUACUCCAGUAGAGAAAACAUGAUUCUAUCUGUUUCCUCUGGGACUGUGCUGCCCAGUAGCUUACAUAUCAUACCAUAGGUAUGGAUUUACAUUUCUAUAUAGGACAUAUUACACAUUUACACACAUCUGUGUUUGAGUUCAGUCUAUCUUAGUUCAGUGUAUAUUACUGUAUGCUAACUGCUAGUCUUAAUACCUUUGAAACCUAAUAGUUGCAUUUAACUUCUGCCGGAA